AUGGAGAUGAUGAGCCGUGAAGAGUUUGACCGUUUUGUAAGAGAACAUGGUCCAUUCACUCCCGAUGAUACACCCUCGUUCCUGCAAUUUGAGACUUUUAUGUCUCAACGCACAAGAAGAAGCCCACAACGCCCUUCAUCCUCUAAUGCUGAGACACAAGCAUCAGCACAUACCACUACAGCUACAGUCGAUGAUCUUUUGGAUGCUCCUGGACGCCACCUCCUCACACAACUUCAUCCCAAGCUCGAAGGAGGAGCUACAUGGUUUAAACGUGAUAGUACUGGGAAAAUAACAAAAUCAAUUCUGAGGAUGAUGAAAACUGAUCUGAAGAAGGCUUAUCCCACAUACCGCAAGUUACCUAUUGAACACAAAGACCGGUGGUUCCGAGCUUUUGCGAGAGAGUUUCAUUGGGACAAGAGCAUUACCGUGAUUGUGAGAGAGGCGUUUGAUAAACAAGCUUCAGCUUCUUACACAAACAACUUGAGUGAUUGGAAGGACAUAUGGAAGCUCAAAAAAGACAAACCAGAAUGGAUCGGGGAUACAGCUUGGGAGGGUUUCAUCAACAUAUGGACCACAAAUAAAGUUGCUUCAACAGCUGAAACAAACUCCCAGAACCGGAAAAGUGAGAGGGAUGGUGAUGGCCAAUUCGUACAUCACAUGGGCUCUAAAUCAUAUUACAGACGUUGGGAUGAAAUGACUGUUGAGAAUGGAGGAGAAGAGCCUGGUAUGGUCGAGUUUAUGGAGGAGGUGCACACAUGUAAAAAGACCGGCUUGAUACCCGACAAGAAGGCAAAGCGGAUUCUCAAAGCCAUUAAGGAGAAGGUCGAGAUGACCCAAUCUCAGCGCAGAUCUGUUACUGAAGAUGGGUCAGUUCAAUCAAAUACCCUUUCCCAAACUGAGAUCAAUGCCAUAGUUAUGCAAGAAAUACCCAAGGUAAAGGGACGACAUUUUGGAUUUGGCACACUCUUAAGUUCAAGAUCAACUUCUAGUAGUAAGUCUUGUGAUCUGGAACAUGAAGAGAAGUUGCAGUUGGCAAAUGAGAAGAUUGCAACUAUGGCUGAGACCAUCCAGUAUCUCUCAGGUUUUGCAAAGAAGGUGCUUGUUAAGUUUCCAGAAUUGCUUGAAGAGGAUGAUGCAGAUGCAACCCAAGAUGACACUCAAGAGUAA